AUGUGUUUAAAAAUCCUCCGAGAAGAUAAAAGUUGCCAGGGAUCACUGCAGAUAGUCAAAUGGAUCCAGGGAUGUUUCGAUGCAUUGGAAAAGAACUAUCUGCAUAUGGCAGUUUUGGCAAUCUAUACCAAUCCCCAAGACCCUGAGCGCUUGACAGAAUUCUAUCAGUUCAAGUUCAAAUACUCAAAGAAUGGGCCUCAGAUGGACUUUGCCAGCACUCAAGUCAGCUUUCAAAAUGGAACAAACAGCGAUGAAAUUAAGAAAGCCAGUAUCCUACUGAUCCGCAAAUUGUAUAUAUUAAUGCAGCAUCUUGGACCACUACCUAAUGACAUUACCUUGACCAUGAAACUGUUCUAUUACAAUGACAUCACACCCAUUGAUUACCAGCCCCAGGGCUUUAAAGAAGCCAACAGCUCAGAUGGUCUGCUUUUUGAUGGUGACCCUGUGAACCUCAAAGUAGGAUCAGUUUCCACUGGAUUCCAUGUGUUGAAAGUGAGAAUAACAACAGAGAGCAAAAGGAUGGGGAUGUUGGAGAACGGCCUGGUGGAAGAGAAUGGUCCCACUGAGAUUUCCCACCAAGGGUUAGACUGUGAUGAUGAAGAAGAAGAAGAGGACAGCACUAAAGUACCAGAACAGAGAAAUUUUAUGGCUGCUUACAUGGAUAAAAAGAGGAUGCAUGAAGAAAAUGCAGCAUCACAACACAUGUCACCUUUGAAUCCAGAUAUAACAGAAACAAUCAGAAAGGAUGGAGCUGAAGAGGCAGAGCGAGAAAGCUGUGCUAAGACUUUUCACAAAACAUGGCAAAUGGACUUUGCUUCCAGUCAAGAAAAUACAAGUGCACCAAAGAAGAAGAAAAAGAAAGUCAGCACACCACUUGAUUUGAUUCUUCCGCCUCAAAAGUUAUGA